CUUCCCUGUCAACCCCUCUAGGUAUUACUCCGAAGAUUCCGAUAACUCCACGAGGCUCUCCCUUACUGCUCAGCCGAUCUCACAGAUUGCUCUAUUCUCCUCUCACACGUCUUACAAGUCAAAUCACUCAUUGUUUCCAUCUAACCUGUCGCUCCUACGCGAAAUCCGCCAUGGCCAAAACACUGAGUGAUCUGAAGCGCAAAGACCUCCUCCAAAACAAGGGCUUCAUCGAAGGAAGAUGGUCCAAUGCAGCUAGCGGAGAGACCUUUCACGUCGUGAACCCCGCCUCACUGGAUGUCCUGGCCACACUGCCCGAGAUGGGUGCCGAGGAACAUGACGCAAGCCAUUGUGGCUGCCGACAAAGCCCUAGCAUCCUUUCGCACCACCACCGCACGACAACGAGCCCGCUGGCUGCGCAAAUGGAACGAUCUGGUCCUGGAAAAUAUCGACGACCUCGCUCUCAUUGUGAGCUUGGAGAACGGCAAGGCUCUGCCGGAGGCGCGCGGGGAGGUAAUGUAUGGCGCAUCCUUUCUGGAGUGGUUUGCUGCUGAAGCGGAACGGGCCCACGGCGAGGUCAUCCCGGCCGCAAACCCCAACCAGCGCAUUCUGACCGUCAAACAGCCCCUCGGGGUGGCCGCGCUGUUGACUCCGUGGAACUUUCCCAUUGCCAUGAUCACUCGCAAGGCCGGCGCGGCCCUGGCGGCGGGGUGCACGACGGUUUGGAAGCCGGCCGGAGAGACUCCCUUGAGCUGUCUCGCUCUGGCGGUCUUAGCCCAUGAGGCAGGACUCCCAGUAGGCUCCAUCAACGUGGUCCUGACGCUGAACAAGGUCGCCGAGGUAGGACAGGCUUUAUGCGAGAUCAGCGUUGUGCGAAAGCUGAGCUUCACCGGCAGUACACGGAUCGGGAAACUUCUCGCGCAGCAGUGUAUCCAGACCCUGAAGAAGCUUUCUCUCGAACUCGAGGGCAAUAGCCCGUUCAUCGUGUUUGAUGAUGCUAAAAUCGAUCAUGCGGUGGAAGCCCUGGUGAUGGCCAAAUUCCGCAACUCGGGGCAAACCUGCAUCACAGCCAACCGGGUCUAUGUCCAGAAGGGGAUCUACAACCAAUUCACCGAAGCGAUGCUGAAACGAAUGCAGACGCUGCAGGUCGGACCAGGAACCCAGGACGGCGUGACUAUUGGCCCAUUGACACACGAGCGUGCGAUUGACAAGGCAAUGCAGCAUAUCGAAGACGCCAAACGACACGGCGGCCAGGUUCUUAUGGGGGGCGCUCCCCUCCCCGAACUGACCGGGUAUUUCAUGCAGCCAACGCUCAUUCGAGAUAUGAAGCCUGAGAUGAUCACGACCCGGGAGGAAGUCUUUGCGCCCGUGCUGGGAUUGUACCCGUUUGAGACGGAGGAUGAAGUGAUUGGACUAGCCAACGCCAGCAAUGUCGGGCCGGGGGGCUUCCUCAUGUCCGAGAAUAUCUCGCGUUGUGUCCGGGUCGCUGAAGCACUGGAGGUUGGCAUGGUGGGGAUUAAUGUUGGCAUGUUGAUUGCCUGUGAGAGCCCUUUUGGAGGUGUCAAGGAGAGUGGCUACGGGCGAGAAGGUGGUAAGCAGGGGAUUGAGGAUUAUCUAACAGUCAAGUCUAUUCUCUUAGGUGUGAACCAUUAGAUAGCGAUAUCUAUAAGACCAGCUUGACUGUGGUUGACAUGCCUACGCCAGAUUUCAACAUUAGCUGAGCCUCGGAUAGAAAAAGCCAUAUUUCCUUCUAGGUAAGUGGUACGUAUCGAGCAGUAACCUCUGAAUCAAAC